AUGCCGACGGGAGCUGAGGAGCUGAACUCCAGCCGUCCAGUGAAAGCGACGGAAGUGGACAAAGCCGUAGUCAAGAUUCGGGAGGCUCUCACUGGCGAUAGCCUGCACACUCCAACCAUCCGCGAAGAUUGCACCCGGGAAAGUAGUCAGGGUAGCAGGGCGGUAGGGCACGUCGAAGAGCACAGCACAGAGACCCUAUGGCAAGAAACCGGCGUCGCAAACCAAGGCUGCAUUGCAGUCUUCAUUCAACGAGGCCAUCUAAGUGCCGCAUCAGCGAAAGUGGACGACUACCAUUCGACGUUUCCGCCGGUGACGUGGUACCAUAAACAUGAAGAUGUCCCAAAAGCUAUCAGACCGAGUUGGUUUACGCCCAUUUCGGGCACACAUAGCCAGCCGACUAUUUUCGAACUUCGCAACCUUCUUCGAACGACACCAGACACGCCGUCUGAGAACCCAGACACGUCUGACAGUGGCGGUGUUAGCGCGGACGAGUCCAGCGACGAUGAGAUAAAGGAGACCAUCGCUGCGUCAUUGAUGAAGACCGGAUCGCAAGUCCGAACAUCAAGUUCACCACCAGCGGAAGUGAAGCUCGAGCGCAAACAGGAGGUCUUCAAAAAGACGGUGUCGUACAACGAAGUGACGAAGUACAGCAAACCUCCCAGUACUACGCGGCAAACAAAACGACCUUCCGCGGGCUGUUGUCACGCUGACGACGACGAAGAUGAUGAGGAUCCUCUUCCAGUCAAGAGGGAGCCAGGUAUUGAAGACGAUCACGGUUUUGUCUCCAACGACAACAGUCGGGAAGCUGCAGUUCAACAGGCAUCGUCUCGCAUCAAACACAAGAAGCGCAAGAUGGACGAGGAUGAUGAGGCGGAACUACGACGCUGCAUUCGAGAGUCCGAGGCCGAUGCAGAGCUUGCACAGGCACAGCUACACCAAAUCGCGGCAGAACGAAGGUUAGCUGAGGUUCGAGCCGCGAAUAAGGCAGAUGCAUUGUUCUCAAUCGCCACGUGGCGAGCUAAUGAAACAUUCUAUCGUUGCAGCGUAAAACGCCAUCCCAUGCUAUCACGUCAAGCCUUGCUGCGUCGUUGA